AUGGCUGCGCAAGCGCUCAGGCGUAGCCAUCUAACAGUGAAAACAAAGUUCAACGCCAUCAUCGAGAACACGCAAGCAGAAGGGCAUGAGCAAGCGCUGACUUUCAAGGUGCCACCGUGUAGGCUGAGUAGUGAUGAAUUCAAGGCCAAGUUCGGCGAUAUCUACGAGCGUUGCGAGUGGGUAGCGGAAAAGAUUCUGUUGGAAGGAGUAUCCGAAGCCGAUACGUCAGUCGAACACUUGGCUAGCAGAAUGAAGAAAGUCGUUGACGAGGCUGGGUAUGACAAGCGACUGGCCUUACUCCGAGCACAUCCUGAACUGCAGGGAAGGCUGACAUUGACUGGUGAACUGUCGGCGGCUUCAGCAUCCGAGCAAGCUAGUGCAGGAUUGUAUAACUGCUCACCUGAAGAAUUCGCCCAGUUCCAACGCCUUAACGCCAGGUACCGGGCCAAGUUUGGCCAUCCGUUCUUUCUGGCUGUGCGUGGCUUGACCCGCGCUGAAGUCCUGGAGAAGUUUGCUCAGCGUGUCGAGAACGAUGCGGACACCGAGUUCUCCAACGCCUUCCAACAGAUCCACAAAAGAGCUCGUCUGCGUCUGGGUAGAAUGGGCAAAGCUGAAGUCUCGAAGCUGUGA